AUGAAGUGCUCCUUCUUCCUCGUCUUGUUCGAGCUCAUCGCCCUGGGCUUCGGCCAGGACGUCACCGUCACCCUGUCCUCCGGUGCCACCCUCCCGUCGGGUGUUACCCUGCCGUCGGGCGUAUCCGUCGUCACCGCCACCUCGACCUCUUCCGCCCAAGCUAAGUACCGUCGUCAGAACAUCGGUGGCGGUGCCUCGCAAACCCGCACUGCUGGCCAACAAACUACCUCUACCGCCCAAGCUCAACGGUACCGCCGUCAAAACAUUGGUGGCGGUGCUUCACAGACACGUACUGCUGGCCAACAAACUACCUCUACCGCCCAAGCUCAACGGUACCGCCGUCAGAAUAUUGGUGGCGGUGCUUCACAGACACGUACUGCUGGUCAACAAACCACCUCUGCCGCCCAAGCUCAACGGUACCGCCGUCAGAACAUUGGUGGCGGUGCUUCACAGACACGUACUGCUGGUCAACAAACCACCUCUAGCGCCCAAGCUAAGCGGUACCGCCGCCAGAACGUUGGUGGCGGUGCUUCACAGACACGCACUGCUGGUCAACAAACCACCUCUGCCGCCCAAGCUAAGCGGUACCGCCGCCAGAACGUUGGUGGUGGCUCGCAGACCCGCACUGCCGGUCAACAGACCACCCGUGCCAACUAG